AUGACAUUGGCCAAUAUCCCCCGGCGCCAGCUGCCCUAUCUGCAGCGGAAUUGGAACCAAGGCGCCAACGACUGGUCGAGUCCUACCAAACUCAGCAAUGGAUAUGAUGGCCAUAAUGGAGCUGAGCCUGAGAAUCGGCCCUCCAAGCGCCCAAGGCUUGCGGAAGAUGCGACGCCCGAACUGACGGACACUCCAUCGUUGGAUGAGGUUCUAUUGCCCAAGGUUCCCAGCUCGGCACCUAGGUUCUUACGAGUCGAUGUUUUGAAAAUUGUUCACAAGGACUUCGAGCGCCGGGUAAAACCUAGUGUCAGCCUUAGCAAUCUAGACACGCCGCCGCAGCCCUUGUCCAAUUUACUCACGAUCAGGGCCUCCUGCAAGAUCACCAUCCUAGAUAACUCGCCGUUGUGCAAGCAUGCUCCGCCCGUUCUCUAUUGUAAUAGCCAGCCCUGCACGAUCAAGACUUUCAAGAACCCCGUCGGGAGUUCUCCCAUGGCCAGGGUGUACUUGGAACGGCCCUUCUUCGUCCCUGACACGAUCCUCAAAAUCGUCAAGGAGGAUGGCUCAUAUGAUUUGGCCGACAAUUACCGACUAGACGUCGAGCUGAGUGCCGCCGAUGGAAAGGAGUGGCCGCCACUGGAUCUCACGAUCCCCCCGGAACGUAACAGCCAGGGUGCGCGGAGAUGGGUACUUCUUGCCUGUUUGGUUGACUUGUUCAAGAGAUCACGCAUGUCUGUGGAUCUUUACAUGCAUCAGUAUACACGGGAAUGCAUUCUCCGCACCAGCUAUAUCGUCGACAUUGAUGCACGCUGGUCAGUCGGUUGCGAGCGGCGACCCUCGACUCCUGAGAAGGGUGUUAUGUCCUCCAUCACUGUAAGCGUUGCUGACUCAAAUAACGGCGUUGUCGCAAACGGGACAGACUUGAAUGGCGUCCCGACCCCAGAAACUCUGGUGAACGGGGCCUCUAAUGCGUCCGUCAACGGAUACGCCGGGGAGGGCAGCGAAGAGCCCGAAGGAGACACAACGCCGAACCGAGCCCUACGUACCCGGGAGAAUAAGGUCUACAACCUCAAGCUUCUUAGCGAUAAAGCCCAAGGAAAAAGCAAGGACAAGGACCGGAGACGCCGAAAACGGGAUGAUGGUCAGGUCACAUAUCUCCUUGGUACUGAUCAGGCCCCUCUUCAGGUUCCUCUGGACUCGUACGGCUGCCUCGCAUGCGGAGUCACACAUCAAUCGCUUCAAAUCUUGCAAAUGCAUCUCAGUUCGGCUCAUCCCGGGUUCGUGUGCGAUCUCCGAUACUCAAAGGGUGCCUGCCAGUUCCGCGUAACGGAUCGAAAUGAUUGGCUCGCGUCUGACUCCAAGGAGUUCCAGUUCACCAGCGCCACGAAGACUCUGGGCUUCGAUACUGCACCGGAGGCCAAAGAAAGGCGGCAACCCGGCGCGCCUCAACCGGCCCCAAACGUUGCGCAAAGACCAACUCAACCCAAGCCAGUCGUGAAGAAGCCGAAGAAGAAGGUUCUAGUUCCUCAGACCAAGCAGCCCCUAUAUGACUCUGUCAGUAGAGCGCUUCUUGAACCUGGAACCGAACUUGUUCCGCCAAAAAGCGACGAUAGAUGGUGGAUCCAGAAACAUCGCGACGUUAUUUCAGAUUUUGUCGAUAUUGAGCUUCCUGAGAGGGAGUACAUCCUCGCUUGGGAUAAGUUUGUGCUCCCCAAGCGACUCUCUUCGGAAGGCUUUGUCCCUAAGAUUCUACUGGAAUUCUUGAGUGCGAAAGCCGCCUGGAUCGUGUCCUCGGAGCAACGGGAAGAGGAGUUCUUUAAGCACUUGGCAUAUUUGCAACUCCGGGACGUUUUGGAUCAAAAAACUCUUGACGCAGUAAAUCUCAUAUUGGGUGACGCCCGAGCAGCGAAGGCGGCCAAGGACGCCGAAACGGAAUCCCAGGACGACACAUCUAGUGACACCUGGAAACGGGAGGAACCAUCCUGUGUGAUCUGUAAAUUACCACCAGUCGGGGUUAUUUGCACCCUCGUCUGCUCCAAUGCUGAUUGCGGCAAAUAUUUCCACCUUACCUGCAUUCAGGAUGCGAUCAAGAUGAAGCCCACAGAAGAAAAGUGGCUCUGCAACGACUGCGUUGACAAUGCUCCGGAGACUAGAGAUGUUCCAGCACAGGGUGCAUAG